CCCGCGAUUCCUCUUUCGUGCCUGUGCGCGUUAGUGCGCGCCCGAGCAUCCCAGCCCCUCGGGGGUCCCCGCCGUCGGGGCGGGAGGCAGCGCGGUGCCCGGGACGCCCCGUCCCGCCCCGUCCCGCGGCUGCAGCGCGCCCGCGGAGCGGAGCCCGGCGGCGGGAGCGGCCCCGAGGGCGGCAGCGUGCGGGAGAGGGCAAGAGCUCGUGAGGCACCACGGAAAAUGGCUGUUGCAGAGGACAUGUUCCCGCCCGCCAACCUCACCUCGGGGAACCAGAGCGGGUGCAACGUGCACAACCACCACUUCUCUGCCAAAGUCACCUUCUCCCUCUUCUACACUGCCCUGCUGGUGUUUGGUGCCUGCGGGAACAUCCUGGCCCUCUGCAUCACCUUCCAGCGCAGGAAGAAGAAACUCAACUCCACUGACCUCUACCUGGUGAACCUGGCCCUCUCUGACGCCCUCUUCACCCUGGCACUGCCGGGCAGGAUUGCCUACUACGUCCUGGAGUUUGACUGGCCCUUUGGGGACUGGUUCUGCCGGGCCACAGCCUUCAUUUUCUACAUGAACACCUAUGUGGGCAUCUACUUCAUGACCUGUGUAAGCGUGGACCGCUACAUUGCUGUGGUGCGCACCAGGCACCCUGGCAGGAUCCGGAAGAUGAGCCGUGCCAGGGGUGUCUGUGUCCUCAUCUGGUCCUUGGUGUUCCUGCAGACGGCACCGCUGCUUUUUCGGCCCAUGACACGGAGGAUGGGGGACAAGCUGACGUGCAUGGAGUACUUCAACUUCGAGCAGAUUCCCAAGCUGCCCUACCUGCUCCUGGGGGCCUGUGUGCUUGGCUUCUUCCUGCCCGUGGGCAUCAUCUUGGUGUGCUAUGUGAGGAUCAACCUCAAGCUCUGCCAGACAGCCAAGGAGAACCCACUGACAGUGAAGAACGGGCACCAUCACCGGGCCUUCACUGUCAUCCUGGUGGUGCUGCUGGCUGUCCUGCUCUGCUUCAGUCCCUACCACCUCAAUAUUGUCCAGUUCAUGGUUAGGAAGAUCCUCUACCAGCCAUCCUGCCAUGAGCAGCAAGCCUUCAAGAUGUCUCUACAAGUCACUGUGGCAUUCAUGAACCUCAACUGUUGCAUCGACCCCAUCAUCUACUUCUUUGCCUUCCGGGGCUACAAGCGGAGGUUGCUCCGCAUCUUCAGGAACAGUGGCUCAAUGGCCACCUCCUCCACUGCCAAGACCCCCUCUGAAAGCAACAGCAACAGCCAGCUGCCUGGCUCUGUCUCUGUGUAGCAGCACAACCCCCUCACCUUUUGCUCUGGCCUGCAGCUUACGGACCAUACCCAAGGGUAGGAGCCGGAGCUGGGCUGCGGAGCAGGACCAGCACCUCUGACAAGCUUCAUCACUCCUCUGCCUGGACCAGGGGCUCUUGCAAAGCCAGCCUGGCCAGGACACAGCCCUGCCUGGCUCCGCGUGCCUGGCUCUGUGCUCAGCACUGCUGGAGCCGCUGUCCUGGAGCAGAGAGGCUCCUUCCCAUCCCAGCCCCAGAGGAGGCAGCUCGUGCAACCACUCCGGCUGACAAACACAGCUGGGCGUUUCCAGCACUGCACCAUGCCACCCUUCCAUGCCUGUCCUGCAUUUCCUGAGGGGCCAGUGGCUGCUGGUAACCACCAUGGCUGUCCCUGCCUCUGCCCCCUUCCCCUGUGCUGUCCUGGAGUGUUGGGGCGGCAUCCUCGCAGGCCUGGGGGCAGCCGGCAUGGAGCACACAGACUCAGGGCAUUUCAGGAAAAGGCUGGGAUGUUACUUCUGUGCAGAAAGUCACCUACAGCUCCUUCCCUACGCUGACAAACAGCAGCUCCACCCUCCCCCUGCCUACCAUUUUGCUCUUGCACCCGGGCGCUGCACAGGAUGAGCAGUCAGUGCAGGGUGUGUGGGAGCUGCCAGAAAAGCCCUUCCUCAAGGGAGCAAGGCAAGACUGCAAAUUUGCAGAGCUUCAGCGAGUGCUGCUGCCUGUGUCUGCUGCUCAGGCGGCUGCUCCUUCCCCAGGGUGUCCUUCCUUGCACCUGACAGCACUGUGGUUGCCCUGGGACCCACAGCCAGGAAAGGGAUGCCGGGGCUGGCCUGGCUUGAAACCUUCCCACCCCCCUUUAACUUGACUGGAGUGGAGGAAAGGGGACGAGGACUGAGGGUGGCCUUACGUGACCUUGACUGAUCUUUGCUUGAACCCAGCACCCUGACAAGUCCAAGAGCCUUGAUAAGGGCAGGUUACAUGUGACUACGCCAGAGCAAGAGGAGCCCCGAGACAUCAGGUUCCUGUCAGUGUUUGAGACUGUGUGAUGAGGACAAAGUCUGCAGGAGCAAGGACCUCCUUGGCUCUUUUGUGAAAUUACCGGACUACGAUAGAAAAAACCCAAACAUGUAGGAUUCCACAGUUCUUGGGGUGGCUGGUAUUCUCUUUGAGGCUGGAAGGGACAGCGACAUGAAGAGGAAAAAAAGCAGCUUUAUUUUGCUGAAAAGUAAACCUGAAGCAGUUUCAUGAAUGCACACUUUUGAUUAAUGCAAAUCAUUAUUUAAGGUAAUAACCUUUUUUAUGUCUAGAAAGUUAGUAACAGUCACAUGCAGCCCUUUAUUGUUCUAAAUGCACAUGAAUGAGCUCUUGGAUGAUGAUGGUUUUCCUUACAGUGUGGGUAACUGUGGCAUACCGGAAGCCGAUGAAAAGGGAUGCUUAAAAUAAUUCAGGUGGGGAAGAGACUCCAGUAGGUCCUUUCAGGAGGCUGAGCCCUCCUCAAACAGGUCUAACCUCAGUGCUGGCCUGCAGAGAGCCUGUGUUCUAAAAAGCAUGUUACAAUGGACAAGGAAGAGCUGGUAUACAGUAAUGCAAGGAUAUCAGUGGUCUGAACACCCUAAAGGAGCCUGGCUGGGCUGGUAGUUGCUGUACAGUUAUGUGACCAACUUGUGAAAAGAAGUGUUGGCUGGAAGGGACCUCUCUGCAUCGCCUCAUCCAACAGCCUACUUUAAGCAGGACUGUGGCUGGCAUGUCAGGCUGGCCAUGGCUUCAUCUAGCCAAGGCUUGGAAACUCCAGGCAAGGAGACUCCCUGCACCAAGGUGAGGGCUCCUGUGCUGCAUCGCCCUUCAGAUGGAAACAUUUUCCCCACUGUCUAGUCUGAACCUCCCCAUUCACAGCUGGUGGCGGUCACCCCUAACAUCACCUACUCAUGCUGAGAAGAGUUGGCUCUGUCACCUCUGUAACUUAAAUUCCCACAUGACUGUGGCGGGGCUGCCAGGAGACCAGCGGUACGCAGCUGUUGGUCCCAGCGAGCCUCCACGUGAACGCUGGAGCAAGGUCUGCAGCAGUGACCAACCCUCCUUGAGACCAAGGUGUGGAGAUGUUUGGCCAGGCUGGAGCCUAUGGCUGAGGCAAAGGCAAGUCCCUGACGAAGCCUUCUCAGGAAA